AUGUAUAUCUGGAUUAUAAUCGCAGCAUUUAUCCUGAUAUUGUGCUGCUAUCGAAUCACAGUUCCUCCUUCCCACUUGCGACAUCUCCCUCGUGUCGCGAUACUUCCUCUCCUUUGGAGCUAUCUGACUGGAGAGUCUGAAGAUCGUCGGAUCAAGAGGCUUAUCGUCCCCUUUUCGAGGGACACCCAUGAACAUGUUGUUCUAGUUCUCCUCAUGUCCAAUGGCAAGCGGUGGCAAAAACAGUCCGUCUUGAUUAACGACGCGUUCAGUGCCAAAAUCCCCGUCCAAGCAUUCACAUCCCUCGCUCAUAAUCUUUCCGCCAUUGUGGGAAAGUGCCGCACUAUGCAAUGGGAUAAAUACGCUCAACGUUUCGCCCUCGACGCUGUGGGUUCGACGGUCCUCGGGCACAACUUCGACGCUAUCGAAACGGACAAUCCAUUUGUCCAAGAGUACAAUGCUGUCAUGGCCGCUAUUGCCAAUCCUAUAUACCUUAUCUUCCCAUGGAUGGAGCGUACCUUUCCUAGGAAGAAGCUCAUCUGUCGGAUCGAUACCUUGGUCGAGAGGUUCAUGCAGCUCUUAACUGACAAGAAGAACAAUCCGGGAGACGACAUGAUGACCUUCAUGCUUAAGGACCCUGCCAUGUCGCACAAGGAGCUCCGUGAUAACAUGAUCGUGUUAUUCAUCGGCGGACACGAUACGGCCGCCGGUGCGAUAUCGACAUUGUUCUAUUUUCUUGCAUGCCAUCCUGACAUGCAGCGGCGGGCGCGGGAGGAAAUCAUGGAAGUACUGGGCGACGAUCUUGACCCAACCGUCGAACAACUCUCCGGGAUAUCACUGCCGUAUCUCACUGCUUGUAUUCGCGAAGCCAUGCGUAUCAAUACCCCGAUUUCCUACAUCGUUCCUCGUCAGUCGAAUCGAUCUGUCCGGCUCGGAAAAUACUUCGUUCCCGCGCGUACCUCACUGAUAGUGAAUAUCUACGCCAUUCACCAUGACGAAGAGCGUUGGAAAUUUCCUGAUGCUUUCAUCCCAGAAAGAUUUUUGGAACACGGAUGGCAGAAAUCUGGAUGGCUUCCGUUCGCUCUGGGGCCACGGCAGUGCCCAGCAAGGAAUUUUGCCAUGUACGAGCAAAGAACGUUGACAGCCAUGUUUCUGCGGGAGCACGAGUGGUCUUUACCUGAGCCCUCCAUCCAUAAGGAUUCAUUGAAGAACACGUUCUCUCCCUUUGCUCUGACUUUACCCCACGACUUGGAUCUGAAGUUUAGGCGGAUUUCAGAGGGAGAGAGAAAAAUUUUCGGCAUUCCAAAACGGAAGUAA